AUGGUAAGCCCCCCUCCCCCUAUACCCCUAUACCCACCCCAUCUAACACCAUCACAGUCAAAUCUCUCCCUAUACACCGUCACCGCACUCCUCAUCCUCGACUCGGACGGCCAGCGCGUCCUCGCGAAAUACUACCAGCCCCCGCACCAGCAGGGGCAGGGACAGGGGGUAGUACAGGAUUUGGGGGUAGGGCAGGGGGGGCCGGGAAUGGGGGGGCUGGGGGGGGUGAAGGAGCAGAAGGUGUUUGAGAGGGGGAUAUGGGAGAAGAUUAGGAGGGGGGGAGGCGAGAUCCACCCCCUCCCUCCACACCUCCUGCUAACCCGCCAAAUCGUCGACCUCACCUUCAUCAUCAUCGGUCCCUUGUCCACCUCCAACGAGCUCAUGCUCUUUUCCACCCUGAACGCGUUCGUGGAUAGUGUGAAUCUGUUGUUGCGCGGGUCGGUGGAGAAGAGGAACGUGUUGGAGAGUUUGGAUUUGGUCAUGCUUGCGGCGGAUGAGACUGUCGACGAUGGGGUCAUCCUCGAGACGGACGCAGCCGCCAUCGCCUCGCGCGUCUCCCGGCCAAGACCCGAUACCACCGAUAUCGUCAUCAACGAGCAGACCUUGAUGAGCGCUUAUACGUCGAUCAGGGACAGGGUGUCGCAGAAGAUUCAGCAGUUCUAG